AUGGCUGGAGUUCAGCACACCGAGGAUGCCGCCGUAUCGCAACCCAAGCCGUUGUUCCAUGAUGCCGGGCCUCUGGCCGACCCUCUUGAACGGCGAGUCAUCUUUGCUGCUCUCGAUUCAUUUCAUCUUCAUAUGGUCUUUGAUCGCAACUACCCUGACCAACGAAUGUCGGCACCUGACACGGACGGCGGCCAAGGUGGCAUGGCAGCUUUUCGUUUGGCGGCUUCUUCUUACGGGAUGAUUGCCUUGCUGGCUCGUGGCGUCUUGAAUGAAGGUCUCGUGCUUGAUCGUGGACAAGGGCCCCUCAACUUCACUUCCCACGAUGCGUACCGAAAAAACGCACACUACAACACAACCCACCGAAGGCGACAGAAUCUCUACGCUCUCCCAUCAGUCCAGUGGCGAAUGCUUGCAGCUCCUCCUUUUUCCAUUCUCGACACGCUGAAUGCUGUUGACGAUGCAUUGGACCAUAACGCCGACUUAGCAGACCAAAUAUUCCGCCUAGGAGCAGGUGCAUUUGGACUCCCCGAGAAACCGCACGUAGACUCCUGGAUGAACUGGCAAGGGAAAGCCAAACCGAACGACAUUUCCAAAGCGCAUUCAACUAUUCGUCAGUUUUAUCGAGACUGGUCUCACGAAGGGUUCACUCUCGAGGUCGAACCACUCCUCAAAACGAUCCUCUCGGACCUCGAAUCGAUUUUCCCUGCUGUCCAACAGCAUAAUCAGUCCCCGUCACUUCUUCUCCCUGGUGCCGGACUGGGCCGCGUACUAUUUGAACUCUCUCUGCGAGGCUUCCAUGCAACAGGCAACGAGAUCUCCUACCACCAACUGCUCGCAAGCAAUUUCAUUCUCAACAACGCCGAACGCGCCCACCAGUACUCGGUUUACCCCUUCGCGCAUACAUUCACAAAUGUGGUGUCUCGCGCUAAUCAGCUCAAAUGCUAUACAGUCCCAGAUGUUCAUCCAGGUGAGGCCUUCUCCUCCCGGCUUUCCGCCGGGUUACCAGUCGGUGAAAUGAACAUGACGGCCGGAGAUUUCGUGCUCUCCUACUCCACGCCGGACUCCAAAGAGACAUUCGACGGGGUGGUAUCCCUGUUCUUUGUCGAUACAGCACCUAAUCUCCUUCGAUAUAUUCAGACGGUACGGAAUUGCUUAAAGACAGGAGGCGCUUGGAUCAACAUUGGCCCACUGUUGUGGCAUUUUGAUGAUCGUGGGCCGGGUGGAAAUACCGACGACGACGAUGAACUAGGCGACAAUACGCGGCCAGAGUCUGGACCAAGCAGCCAGCCAAAACCGGACCUUGAAGACAAAGGCAUCGCCGAACCGGGAUCCUUUGAACUUACUGACGAAGAAGUCGUUCAGCUCGUUUCACGCACGGGUUUCGAAGUGAUUACUCACGAGAUCCUCCCUGCCGAUUCGGGAUAUAUUCAGGAUCCAAACAGCUUAUUACAGAAUCGGUACAGGUGCAGUCACUGGGUCGCGAGGAAAGUUUGA